GGGUAAAGUGAAAUUUCCAAAGUGCCUAUCAAGUAUCAACCGUCGUAUCACACCUUUUUAAGCCACACACUGACCCAUAAACAUAGAUAUCAACUACUGUACGGGGAUUGACAUUGCUGUUCUUGCUUUUAGAACUCCAUCAAACGAAAAUUUUGCCUUACACCUCAAAACAUACAAAACGCAGUUCAUCUCCUUCUGGUUUGCAAUUCCCACUCCAUAAACCCUAAACAGUUCGUGAUCCCUAUAUAUAUGCAUGGCUAUGGUGCUCAUCAUCUUCAUCCCCAAACACGGUUCUCUAUUUUCAUGCAAAUAUCUGAUCAAAACCAAAAGGAAUGUCAAAAAGUUCUGAAACUUCUCCUCUUGCUAGUUCUUCUGGAAAACACCCAAAGUAUAGGGGAGUGAGGCAAAGAAGAAGUAGUGGGAAAUGGGUUUCGGAAAUUCGGGAGCCAAAAUCACCUAAUCGUAUUUGGCUUGGUACAUUUCCCACCCCUGAAAUGGCAGCGGUGGCUUAUGAUGUGGCAGCAUUGGCACUGAAAGGUGGAGAUGCUGAGCUUAAUUUCCCAAAUUCAGCUUCUUCAUUGCCUGUUCCAGCUUCUUCUGCUCCACGUGACAUCCAAGCAGCUGCUGCCAAUGCAGCUGCAGCUUCUGGGGCAGCAAUGGAUGCUUUCUUGGGUGGUUAUGGUGGUGGUGGUGCUGCAGCAGAACCGCCAGUGAUCGGAGGUGAUGGAUUUAUCGAUGAAGAUUUGAUAUUUGAUAUGCCCAAUGUGCUUGCAAACAUGGCUGAAGGGAUGCUUCUUAGCCCUCCGCGGUAUAAUUACUAUGUCGGCGAAGAGACUGGAACAGGAAACUCGAUGGACCACGAUUUGUGGAAUUAAUUGAUCUUAAAUCACCAUAUACAUAUAUAUCGCGCAUAUAUAUCGUGUAGUAUGCGAAUCCUAGUUGCCUGCAAUAUAUAUACAUAUAUAGCAACUAUAUAUAAGAAUAAUGUGGUGAUUGUUGAAGGCUAUAGUCAUAAACUAG